GAACUCAAGGUGGUUCAGUGCAGUUUCCAGGGGGUCUCCUCGCCAAGCUCAGGCCAGCCCUGGACCUGCUUAGCUCCAAAGGGUGGAUGUCUUAUGUGCCUUCAGACUGUACUGUUUCCAUUUUGCUUCAUAAUUUGGCCACAACCAUAGCCUAGUCAAUGCGUCUGUUCCUUAACAGUUUCCCUCUUGCUUGCGAAUGUGACGGAGAAGUGGCACGCCCCUGUUCUUCCUUCUCACUGGGCAUUAAGGUCUGAGGUCUCCACGGUGUUGCUUGGGUGUUGGUGUGACAAUGGAGUGUAGAAAGAUCGGCCUUUGGAGCUCUUUCUUCUUGCUCUGCAAUACCGUUGGAACGAUGGGCAGCAAACCCUGCAACAAAAAGUACUUUGGCCAGGAUGCCAUUGUGUGUGUCUGCAAUGGCACCUAUUGUGACACACAGGACCCUGUCACCCUCCCUCCUGCUGGCCUCUUCGUCAAGUAUGAGAGCAGCAAAUCUGGCAGCCGGCUGGAGCGCACUGAAGGAAAGUUCGAGGAGAAAAAAGCCCCCCCAGGUCUGGUCCUGGUGGUGGAGCCAGCUCAGAGGUAUCAAAUAAUAAAAGGAUUUGGUGGUGCCAUCACCGACUCAGCUGCCAUAAACAUCCUGUCUCUCACACCAAACGCUCAGGAAAAUCUACUGCGUUCCUACUUCUCGGACACAGGAAUCGAGUACAACCUUUUGCGGCUGCCCAUGGCCAGCUGCGAUUUUUCCGUGCGGACUUACACAUAUGACGACUGGCCAAAUGAUUUUGAGCUGAGGCACUUCAGCUUGGUCGAUGAGGACGUCAAGAUGAAAAUCCCUCUCGUGCAUCGCGCCAAGGCCCUGUCUAAGAAGCCCAUCUCCUUGUUUGCCAGCCCGUGGACCUCUCCGAUUUGGAUGAAAACCAACGAGGACUGGAAAGGGAAGGGGUCCCUGAAGGGGCAGGCGGGAGACAAGUACCACAAGAUGUGGGCCAACUAUUUCGUCAGGUUUCUGGAUGAAUACGCCAAGCACAACUUGACCUUCUGGGCUGUGACAGCCCAGAAUGAGCCAAGCGCCGGGCUGAUCAGCCGCUACCCUUUCCAGUGCCUCGGGUUCACAGCUGAGCAGCAGCGUGACUUCAUAGCGCUGGAUCUGGGUCCUGCCCUGGCAAACAGUUCACACAAGAACAUCCGACUCAUCAUCUUGGAUGACAACCGGGUACUUCUGCCCCACUGGGCCAAAGUGGUGCUGAGUGGAGAAAGCCAAGCUCAUCGUUACGUUCACGGCAUCGGCUUGCACUGGUACCUGGACUUCAUUGCCCCCAUUGACAACACAGUGGAAACCACCCACCAGUUUUUCCCAGACUACUUCUUGCUUUUCACUGAGGCCUGUGCCGGAUCCCACUUUUGGGAGAAGGACGUGAUCCUCGGCUCCUGGGAUCGGGGGAAUGACUACAGCCACAGCAUUUUGGAGAACCUCAAUCACCAUGUGUCAGGCUGGACAGACUGGAACCUGGCCCUCAAUUUGGAAGGGGGCCCCAACUGGGUCAAGAACUUUGUGGACAGCCCGAUCAUCGUGGACGCCGCCAGGGACGUCUUCUAUAAACAGCCCAUGUUCUACCACAUGGCGCACUUCAGCAAGUUCAUCCCAGAAGGCUCCCAGCGUAUCGGGCUGAGACUCUUGAAGAAAUGCAUCAGAUGCAACCUGGAACAUGUGGCUGUGCUACGCCCUGAUGGAUCUGCCGCCCUCAUUGUCCUGAACCGGUCUGCAUCCAACGUCUCCUUCGGGAUUUCUGACACACCUGGCCUUAUUAUGACCCAUAUCCCUGCCAACUCCAUCCAGACUUACCUGUGGCAACGCCAGUGAGGACAUGGCCUGGGUGGAAAUCCCACCAGGGCUCACCUUUUGCUGCCAUUCCUGGUAACGGUGGCCUUGUUCCAUGUGAAACUGGCCUACCUCUUCUACACUCUGUUCCAAAGCCAAAGGCAAGUCUAGGCCAGGCCUCAGUUUCGGCCCUGAGCAAACUCUGCUGUCAAGAUGCUAAAGAAACAAAUGGAAAUGUGUCCUCAUUGGAUGUGAGAGCAAUGGGCUUAUGCUUACGGCACCCACACUGGCAAAAUGAAGGAGACCCCCUGCAUGGGUCCAGGAGGGAAGCGAAGCCCUCUCUUUUUACGCUGGCGGGGACUGUACACUUGGUGUUUUUUUCUCACUGGAAAUUAAAGGGAAUCGCACUCUG